AUGUCCAGACAGCUUCAAUCAGACUUCCAGAGGCUCUCCUUUAUUCCUCUUAAUCAAUUAUUGUAUCCUUUUAAUUCCUUCAAUAUGUAUUUCAGAGCCGCUCUUACAGCCAGCUUGGCUACCACUGCCUUGGCUCAAGUUCGCCAGGGCUUUAACUACGGUGCUACCAACGAAGAUGGCUCCUGUAGAGGCUAUGAAGACUUCGUCGGCUACUUCAACACCGCAAAGAGCUUGGCUGGCACUUCCGGAUUCACCUCUGCGCGGCUCUACACCUCCAUUCAAUGCGGCACUGUGAACGAUCCGAUCUCGGCAUACCAGGCCGCCAUCGACACGGACACGUCGAUCCUUGUUGGCUUGUGGGCCAGUGCCGGCAGGGGUAUCUACGAGAACGAGCUUAAUUCCCUGCUCCGUGCCGCUGAGCAGUACGGCACUGCUUUCACGGAUCGUAUUGUCGGCAUCAGCGUCGGAUCUGAGGACCUGUACCGGAGCAGCCCCGACGGCGUCGCCUCCAAUGCCGGUGUCGGAGCUACCGGCGCCGAGAUUGAGGGCUACAUUGGGUGGUUGAGAGAUUGGAUCCGCGGCACUGCACUCGAGGGCAAGCCUAUCGGCCAUGUCGACACAUGGACUGCCUGGGUUAGACCCGAGAAUGCCGGCGUUGCUGCCUCUGUCGAUUGGCUUGGCCACAACUCCUUCCCCUACUUCGAGUCCACAAAGCCCAACUCCAUUGAGCAAGGCCCCGAGAACUUUUGGUCUGCCGUGGGCAACACCGAGAGCGUAGCAGGAGGCAAGCCUGUAUUCAUCACUGAGACUGGCUGGCCACACAGGGGUCCUCAACAGGGCGCUGCUGUCGCCUCUGUCGACAACGCUCGUACUUACUGGUCUCAAGUUGGCUGUGCUCUGUUUGGUCAGCGCAAUGUGUGGUGGUACACCCUGACCGAUGCAAACACCGCGCAGACCGACAUCUCCUUCGGAGUAACGCCGCCAGGCAGCUCUACCCCGAAACUCAUUAUUCUUGACCAAAGACAGACCAUGGAAGUCAUUGCGGCGGGUAUAGCCUGGGCGCUGAACAAGACGAUAUCUCCGCAGCAAGUCCUAAGCCGCCUCGGCUUUGCUUCACUUGUUUCUCAAAAUAUCACGAGCUCUUGGCCAGACCUUUCGUCACAACUGUCGCCUCGUGCAUCAAUAGUAUUUCCUAAUGAGGUCUCAUUUGGUGAUUCCGUAAGCAGAUGGCGAGAAUGGCACGCACCGGAGGUUAGCGUUGUUGUGAACGCCUUCACGGAGAGCGACGUCCAGGCAACGAUCAGGUAUGCGAAUGAGCAUGGAUUGCCCUUUCUUGCUAGGUCUGGCGGCCACGGCGCGACUGAAGCUUUGGGGACUGCCAGGAAUGCUAUCGCGAUUGAUCUUCGCAGCUGGGAUAAUGUUGAUAUAGCCGAAGAUGGAAAAUCAGCAACAAUUGGUGGUGGUGCAAGUGUCAAAAAAGUUGUCAACACGUUAUGGACGGCUGGUAAACAAACCGGGGCCGGACACAACUUCGGCAUCGUUACCGAGUGGCAUUACCGCAUUCACGACGUAAAGAAUAAGGAGUGGGGUUAUGAAAUAUUGAUAUAUUUAGGUGACAAGCUGGAAGAAGUAUUAGAGCUUACGAACAAGAUGAUGCUAAAUCAACCACCCGAGAUUACACACUGGAUGUAUUUCGUUAACAUCCCAGAGAUCGAUCCUACACGGCCGCUCCAUGACAUCGAACAUGUUACUGUCGAGACUGGUUCUGUUCCCAUGCCCAAUUUAGCGGAGAAGACUUUUAUGGGCACCGAAACCAUUGGGUGUGCCAAGGGCUAUACAGGCUUGCGGUACCCAAUCGGCCUCAAAAAGUAUGAUUUGGCUGCCACCCGGAAAGUGUUUGAUGAUAUUACCGAUAUGUCAAACCGCAUCCCCGAAUUUGCUGGGUCGUUCUUCUUGUUGGAGGGUUAUUCAACUCACGGGGUGAAGGCUGUUAACGACAAAGAUUCGGCUUUCCCACAUCGUGAUGACGAAAUCCUGGUUACAUCGUACAUCAUGUACAAGCCAAACUCCUCGCUCGAUGCUCUGGCACAGGAAUAUGGGGAAAGGCUGAGAGGUCAUCUGCUUCGGGCGAGCGAGGAUCCAGAACGAUUGCGAGCAUACGUGAACUACGCCCACGGAAUCGAACCUGUAGAGUCAAUCUACGGAUGGGAUGAAUGGAGGCUGAAAAAGUUGAGAACUUUGAAAAAGAAGUGGGAUCCUGAGAACCGGAUGAGGUUAUACAACCCCCUUGUGUAG